AUGGGCUCGCUGGCCAACCAUGUUGCCGUGCACGCCGCGGGAGGAUCUGGCCUGGCACGGCGCCUGCCUGCACGUGUGGCCAACGUGCACGCGUGCUGCGUUGGCGGUGGGCUGGUGACGGCGUGGCCUCGGGAUGCUGCCCCGGGCAGGCAGGCCAGGAGAGGCCCGCCAUGCCCAGGCGGAGGGCCUCUCUGGCAGCCGGAGGGCUGGCACUGCCCCGCCCGAGCUCUCCGCCCGCCGCCGCGCGCUCGCCGGCGCCCGCUGGCCCCGCACCAGGGGGCCGCUGCGCUCGCGUGUGGCACGGGCUAG